GAGGGAGGGAGAGUGGGAUGCGUGUGUGUUGUGUGUCUGGUUUGGGCAUUUGACUAUUUGUGGCUUCCUUCAGUUUUUUUCCAGUUUCAUACUCAUUCUCCUGCUUUUUUACUGAGAAUAGAAGAAAACAGAAGAACAUAGACAACAAUGGCAUACACCACAAUCCUCCUCUGCUGCUUCACCAUUCCCAGAAACCAAAAUUCCAUCUGACCAUUUCCAAUCCAGCGGAAUCAAAAACCCACCAAAACGCAGAAACCAAAAUCCACCCGAAUGGCGAAGACGGGCGUUUUCGACUCUGAUCCGACGGCGGUAGCCAAGGCGGCGGAGUUGAAGAAGGAGCUGCAGAGGCUGGUGAAAGCAAUUGUCGACGACGAGGAUUUCACCACCCAGACAAUCGAUCAGGCCAGAGACACUCUCUCUGCUCUGAAAGAAUUGAAGCUCAAGAAAAGAUCGCUCUCUCUCAAGCUCAAGGAUGUUCUAUCCUGCCCCGAAGAGUUCCGGUGCCCUCUUUCGAAAGAGCUGAUGAGAGACCCUGUGAUUGUCUCCACAGGCGAGACAUAUGAUAAGGCAUUCAUCGAAAAAGGACUGAAAGCGGGCAACAGGAUAUGCCCUCGAACGCAACAAGUGCUCACACACACUGUCCUUACUCCGAAUCACUUGGUUCGUGAAAUGAUAUCGCAAUGGUGUAGGAAUCGAGGGCUUGAAUUGUCAGAUCCCGUUCUCCAUGUCAAUGAGGAUGGUAUAACAGAAUCUGAUCGAGACCAUUUUCUCUCUUUGCUCCGGAAGAUGUCUUCGACGUUCCCUGAGCAGAAAGAAGCUGCGAAGGAGCUUCGGAUGCUGACAAAGAGGAUGCCUUCUUUCCGUGCGCUUUUUAACGAGUCUAUACAUGCCAUUCCUCAAUUGCUCAGUCCUCUAUCUGAAGGGAAGUUUGAAGAUGGUAUUGACCCGGAACUCCAAGAAGAUAUUAUCACAACACUAUUGAAUUUGUCAAUCCACGACAACAACAAGAAGCUUGUGGCUGAAACUUUAAUGGUAAUUCCUUUACUUAUGGAAGCAUUGCAAUCGGGGACUAUUCAAACAAGGAGCAAUGCAGCUGCAGCUCUUUUCACUUUGUCAGCUCUUGAUUCCAACAAGGCACUUAUUGGAAAAUCAGGUGCCCUAAAGCCACUCAUUGCCCUCCUAGACGAGGGACAUCCAUUAGCUAUGAAAGAUGUCGCCUCUGCAAUUUUCAAUCUAUGCAUUACUCAUGAGAACAAGGCAAGAGCUGUGAGAGACGGGGCAGUGAGGACGAUUCUGAAAAAGAUAGCGAACAGUGUGCAUGUUGAUGAGCUGUUGGCCAUCCUCGCAAUGAUCUCAAGCCAUCCUAAGGCUGUGGAGGAAAUGGGAGAGCUUGGAGGUGUUUCUUGCUUGCUCCGUGUUAUCAGGGAGACCAAUUGCUCACGCAACAAGGAGAAUUGCAUUGCAGUCCUUCACACGAUCUGUUUGAAUGACCGAACCAAGUGGAAGGAAAUUAGGGAAGAAGAAAACACUUAUGGAACGAUAUCUGAGCUUGCAAAUAAUGGAACUUCAAGGGCUAAGAGGAAAGCUAGUGGCAUUCUUGAUAGACUGAACAGAUCUGUAAAUCUCACACAUACUGCAUGAUGGUGAAUCCUCCUUUUCCACCAUAUUUGUAAAUUCUUCACCCAUUUCCAGAGCUCUGGUUGUUACUUGUUAGUAGUGUACUACUCAAGCAACUCCAAGCAUCAUGUGUUCAUUCUCAAUCCCUGUUUUGUAUGUUCUCGUUUUAUCUUCCGGAGUUUCGAUUUCAAGUUCAAGAGCUAGCCAUGAAGAAAAAUCAAGCUUUAUAUAUCUUAUACAUAAAAAUUGUUUGGUUUA